AUGGGUGAUUCACCCCUCUUUAUGGGAAUCCUCGGUGUCAUAUCAGGUGCAAUUUUAGUAGCUUUUCUCCACUGCUUAUUUGUCACUUGCCGCCAUAAUAACACCGAUGAACCCGCCACCACCUCACCACCUAGACCACCAGAAAUGAACCGCCGUCCAAGGCUCAGAGUUGACAUUGACUCAAGUGCCAGCUCAUCAUCGUUCCCAACAACCAGCACCUCAACCUCAAGUGCCUCAUCGAUCUUGUUAACCGUUCAUAAAUACUCGAAAGAUUUUAAGGAAGGAACAUGUGCGGUUUGUUUGGGUGAGUUUGAAGAAAACGAUGAAGUUAGAAUUAUGCCGGAAUGUGCACAUGUUUUUCACGUGACGUGUAUUGACAUGUGGCUUUUCUCUCAUGGGAAUUGUCCACUGUGUAGAGCCAAUGCUACUCCACGUGCUCAAGAUGUUCUUUUAUCAAUUUUGAAUUCAAGAAAUAUGGAGUGA